AGAACACAUGCAUAUUGAUUUUAGGCUUUGAUCCUCACUGUCUCUCUAUCGAAUUUCCUAAAGUAGCAUACAAAAACACUUUCAGCCAGAAAGCUGGUGGAAGUUGAAGAGUUGGCUUUAAAUUGGAGGAGAGAAGAAGCUAACCAAAUCAUUGAAAGUGUUUGAUGAUAUCACAUACCAAUGCAUAGCUUCGAAACGACGAGAACUAACUAGUGGAACUCAAAUUCAGAAAGAUGACGAAGCCAACAGCUUGGACGCACUCACAUCUUAUCUAAAGCAAGAAGAGAAGCAAAAACAAAUGGGCUCGAUUACCAGUUCAGAUCAGUUUUUAAGAGACACCAUACUCAAUCUCGUGCUAGCUGGAGCUGGCACUUUAUCCGCGGGCCUCACCUGGUUUUUCUGGCUCGUUGCAACACAUCCAACGGUGGAAACUAAAAUUCUCGAAGAAAUAAAGCUGAAUUUGAUUGAAAAACAGGACGAGAAAGGAAGGUUUUUCAACUCAAAUGAGGUGAACAAGUUGGUAUAUCUCCAUGCAGCACUAUGUGAGACACUAAGGCUAUAUCCACCUGCUCCAAUCAAUCAUAGAUCCUCAUCCGAGGAAGAUAUUCUGCCUAGUGGUCACCGUAUGAAGCCGAAGCAAAGGAUUUUGCUUUUUUUUUAUUCGAUGGGUAGGAUGGAAGAUAUAUGGGGUGAGGAUUGCUUGGAAUUUAAGCCUGAGAGAUGGAUUAAUUCUGACGGAGGUGGUAUAAUCAAAGUUUCGCCCUACAAGUUCACGGCUUUUAAUGGAGGCCCUCAGAGUUGUUUGGGUAAGAAUAUGAGUUUCAUUGAGAUGAAGAUGGUUGCCGCCACUAUGUUAUGGAAUUACAGAGUUGAAAUUAUGGAGGGACAUCCAAUUUCUCCAACCAUAUCCAUCACACUUUAUAUGAAACAUGGUCUCAAGGUUAGAAUUUCCCAAAGAGAUGUUGUUGACCAUUAGUGAAAGAGUAAGGUACUAUGCAUGCAUAAUCUUGUUAGUUUUCUGGUAAUUAAUUAGCCUAAAUAAGUGUAUACAUAUAUACACAGAGAGAUCUAGAGAGACAGUUCUGUUUAUAUUAAACUUUAUUGUCUGACAUGCAUUUACAUGUAGUUUUAUAUAUGUUUGAGUGGUUUUAUAUAAUUUCCUUGAGCGUUGAAGUUUAUUUGUUAUUGUGCAUCCAAUAUUUAUAAAUGAAAUUUUUUUUUAUUGACAUAAAUCCUUGAAUUGACAGUUUCUGUAGGUUUUAGCGUUGAAGUUUAUAAGUAGGUUUUAGCGUGAGGAAGAGGACGGCUUAUCUUAUUUUCUUUGAUUUUACUUUCUGUUAUUUCGUUUUUUUGUCUCAUUUUAAAUAUUUUUGUUAAAUAUCAAAUAUUUGAAUUGAAAUUAUUUUAUAUUGUAAAUUGAGUAUUUUUUAUAUCCAAUUGUUUAGUUUUUUGUUUUUUUUUGUU